AUGUACGAAGACGGCCCCAAUCCCACAAAAGUCCAGGUUACUCCCGUCUACAAACGGGCAAAUCCGCCCCCUCCAUUGGUCCUGAUACACGAUGGAGGCGGCACGACGUUUGGAUAUUUCAUGCUAGGAAGCUUGUAUCGCGAAGUAUGGGCAAUUCACAAUCCUCAUUUUUUCGAUGGAGGCGCCUUUGAGGGCGGUAUGGAUGAGAUGGCGCGCUUGUACAUCCAAAACAUGAAAGACGCGGGCAUCAAAGGAAACAUCUUGCUAGGCGGCUGGUCCCUCGGUGGAUAUCUGUCCCUAGCCGUCGCGCGCUUCUUAGCCGAAGACCCCGAGGCUACGAUCAAAGUUUUGGGUAUCGUCAUGAUGGAUACGCCAUAUCAUAUCCCCUACAGCCAGGUUGAAGGCCUUACCGAUGAUCCCGUCCUCGAAGGCAUUCCAGCGCCCGUCCAAAAGUGCUUCGACCGCUGUGACGAGAUGCUUGAUGACUGGGAGGUGCCCAAGUGGGACGGACCUGCAUGCAAUGGGAAGCCCGUUUUCUUCGGCGUUGGAGGAAGACGAUACUCUGUGGCCCCCGGCAAAGUGCUGUAUAAGCCUUUUCAGGGAACAUGGUCACCGAUCGAAGUGCCAGAGUAUACACCAUCAGAGGAGUCGCAGUCUGAAAAGACACCAAUAACACCACCACCCACAAUUCUGAUACGAGCGACCCAAUCUAUGCCGCUCCCAGAAGGUAGAACAGAACCGUUCAUAAUAGACAAGUAUCGUGGUGAUCGCACACUGGGCUGGUCAGGUAACCACCCUGAUUUCAUCAAGGCGGUUCUUGAUGUGAAUUCGAACCACUACGAGAUGUUUGACAGGGAGAAUGAUUUGCAGAUCAAAGACAUCACUGCACAGUUGAAUCUGUCACUGGAGAUUCUAGACAGCAUUGGAAAUACUACAAACCCGUCUUUCGGUGGUAAGCCAAAGCUGGAUUACUUUUAA